GGAUCGCGGUAAGGUUACUCGAAGGGUUGGCAUCCAAAUGGUGGGAUGGAACCAAGGGUAAGUAUGGCGGAACUGUUACAUGGGAGGAUUUUCGACAAGAAUUCUUUGCCCAGUACUACUCUGACUUCGAAGUAAACGCCAAGGUGAGGGAAUACACUCUCCUAACCCAAGGCGGUAACAUGACGGUGAAAGAACUUGAGAACAAGUUCAGAGACCUUGCUGAUCACAUACCGGAGUAUGCUUGUGAUGAAAACCGAAUGGUGAAUCAUUUUUGGGAGGCCUUGGACUUGGAGAUACGUGACAGGGCAACUCAAUUGCCCAAUAUGACUUUCAGCCAAGUGGUUGCCCAAGGGUUGAAGGGAGAAAAACAAUGGGAGGAGAGGAAGAAGAGAGAUGCCGAAGUGGCCAAGAAAAGGAAGUGGGAAAGCCAUGGCCCCCAAGGUCCCAAUAAGAAGGGGAACCACGGGGGAGGUGGAUCGUUCAGGGCACCGGCAGCACCAUCCAAGGGAAACCCGGCCACGAGCGGGCACUACUCGGGCUCACAAGCCCCAAUGACGCCAAGAUGCAGGAAUUGCAACAGGAACCACACCGGUAAGUGUCGUGAUCCACCACGGUGCUACCAAUGCGGGAGUACAGGGCAUAUUAAGCCAAACUGCCCUCAACUUGGUGGGAACCGGGGGUCGGGACCAAGCGGCGCUACCACGGCAAGUAGGAACCGGGCCGGAGCACCUCAUGCCAGUGUGGGCCAGGGGGAGCGAGCACGAGCAAUGCGCCGUCCGUGAAUCAAGGAAGAAUUCAAGCUAGAGUUUAUGCGAUGACGGAGGCGGACGCACGUGCUAACCCGGACUCCGUGGCGGGAACACUAAAGAUAAACGGGAGAGAAGCAAGGAUCCUUAUUGAUACCGGGGCGCAACGAUCAUUUGUGAGUGAGGCGUUCGCCAGCGGAUUCAACGGACCACUUGUACCGAUGACUCAAACCCUAUUGGUGUCCACGCCUCUAGGGGAUGAUAUCGAGAGAGAAAGCCACUAUCCAUCAUGUGAGGUGGAGGUGGAGGGACAGAACUUGACGUGUGAUUUCGUACCGCUGAGUAUGAUCGAGUUUGAUGCAAUCCUCGGGAUGGAUUGGCUUGAGAAACAUCAUGCUAGGGUCGAUUGCUACACGAAGGUUCUUGAACUCGAAGGCGGCGAAGGGUUGACCUUACGCUUCGAGGGAGAUAGAGGCAAAUCAAACUGUUGUAUCAUAUCCGCCGUGAGAGCAAGGAAUAUGAUGAGAAAGGGGUGUCACACUGAUGUACUUGUAUUUUACACAAUUUUUAGGCUUAGUUUGUUGUUAAUUUUAGUCAUUAAAAUUCUACUUUUGUACAUAUUUUUAUAAUUUUUCGUUAGUUUGUACUUGUGCAGUCCUACACGGGUAUUUUGUAUUUUCAGGUACUUUUGAUGCUAUUUGGAUACAUUAGAGUGAACAAAAGAAGAAAAUAAAAAGUUCAAGUUGGAGGUCAAUAAAAGUGGAAUUUCCUUCAAAACAAAUAAGGAGUAAAUUGAAUAAAAGAAGCAAAAAUAAAAAUGGUGGAGCUAGGAUUCGAUCACUGGAGAAAGGGCAGAAGAAUGCCUACUACAACCAGUGUGCUAAGUGAUCAAUGUUGUACAUAUUCAGCUGGCAAUUGUUAUAUUCCUUCUGAACGCGGCAAAGAAAAGAACAAAAUGUUGAAGCCGAGAAUCGAUCCCACGAUCUCCGAGUUUUCCCCUGAAGUGCUUAUUUGUUGAGCUACCUGCCACUGUUGAAAAUUUACUGCGCUUUGUUGUACAUAAACUCAUCUGUUCCGUAAA